GAUUUUUCACAGCGGCUCCGAAGGUGCCCUGCCUCCCUGCUGUGUACCAGGAGGGUAGAGGAGGGUACCCGCGAAGGUCCCACCACGGGCCUUGCCCUUCCUUUAGCCCCAUUUGGGUGGACCUGAGACCGAGGAGGAGAUACUGCUGGAGGGAAAGAGAUGACUUACCGGACAGAUCUGGAAGCAUCUUUGUUAAGUUUUGAAAAACUUGACCGGGCCUCACCAGACCUUUGGCCAGAACAAUUACCAGGUGUUGCUGAAUUUGCAGCGUCUUUCAAAAGUCCUAUUACUAGCUCUCCACCCAAAUGGAUGGCUGAAAUAGAACGUGAUGACAUCGAUAUGUUGAAAGAACUGGGAAGCCUCACCACAGCUAAUUUGAUGGAGAAGGUACGAGGCCUACAGAACCUGGCCUAUCAACUGGGGCUGGAUGAGUCCAGAGAGAUGACACGGGGGAAAUUUCUCAACAUUCUAGAGAAGCCCAAGAAGUAGCAGCAGCUUGUGGACAGGAUGGGCUGGGAGCUGGAACCACGUUCUUCUCCCAGUGCAGCUCUGACGGCGCGGACCUCACUGCUCCCUGGCGAGAGGCUGGAGGGCACACCUCCAAGACUGACCCUCUCCCCUGCGCCUGGCACUCUGCGCCUCUGAGGACAUUCGGCAGCAGGAGAAGAAUCUCUUCUACCCCAGGAUCGGUGCAGUUGUUCAGUCAGCUUCCAGACUUUGACUGUCACCUGCCUCGGAUGUUGGUAACACCCGAGGGCGUAUGGUUCUUAAAAGUCAAAGUCCUGCUUUCUCGUUUCCGGAAGUGAUUCAGGAUCUUACAGUUGAUUUGAUUCAGUGAUGGCAAAGUUUGUUGUGACGUUGAUUGGAUGGGUUGAGUUGCACUUGAUCUCUUAGGAAGUACUGAUGAUGCGAGGAGCCCAGAGACCAAUUAGAUUCUGGACCAGACCAUGCAGCUUGACCUGUGAACUCUCCAGUGUAUACUAGGUUCCAAGAAUCCCCAGCUGGAGAAACCAGAAUCUUCCAGAAAUGUAUACCUGCUUUUAAAAUUCUACACCUCUCAUGAUGUCCCAUACCCCAAUGCCUUCCACUCCCCACCUCCCAGCCCCCACCGUCCAUUCUGACUCCAGGGAAGGGGAUUCCUUCCCCGGAUCCUCUUGGAUUAGCUUGUACAGUGAAAGGCCCAUGCAAGGUUGCAUUGGCUUCUAGACCUCAAGAUCGAUUUAAAGGUAACAGAAAGGACUUUUGAGUUCUAGUUAAUCUGUUACAGAUUCAAGAGGGAAAGUUGGUGUGGGUUGAAAGAUAGGAAAAGAGAAUCGAUUUAAAAACUAGAAACUUCAAUUGACCUUAAAGGAAUGUUCUGGGGAAGAGUGACAAUGAUUUGCCCCCCUUGUCCUUUCUUACAGCACAUGUCAGAUAUUUCACCCAUGUGACAGAAACACACAGAUGAAAGAAGAAGAAUUUCCUCACUUAAAUAUAACUCUUAUGAGCUCUUUGCCAAUUAUCUGUCUCUGUGUUGAAACCUGAAAAUCUAGCCUGUGGAUAGUAUUGAUUACAUGUGUUCUCCAUAUUUUGUCAUAUAAGCUAGCCCCCAGCCUCUAUUGUUUUGAAGAGUACAUGGGUUUUUCAAAAUUUUAUGAAAAGAACCUCCAUAUGGCAGUAGUCUGAGGGUGUUUGGACAAAAGGAAAGCUGUGGUCAGGUUUUUGGUCCUGAGUGUCUGUGCAUGGUCCAGCUCUAUUCAAUUUAAUAACUGGUCCAUUUUCUGACACUAUGCCUUGUUUCCCAUGCUAGAAUUAAUGUCGGAUUUUUCUCUCAUUUGUGCCAUUUGAUCCUCCAUAGAAUUUUACUUCCUGACAAGAGGGAAAAAAAUUGAACACAAGAUUCAAAGGAUGAGUAUGAGAAGGAAAACAUUCUGCAUGGAUGCUAUAUAGAAGGUUAGGCUUUGAUUUUAAGGUUAAGCUUAUUAUUGACAUUCCUUUAUCUUAAAUGCGGUUGAAGAGUGUAUGUGUGCACAAAAAAUAGUGCCAUAAUAUCAAAUUCUUCCUCUGUCCUGUUUUUGAGAGUUGAUGACGUCAGAAGGGGAAAUUGAGAAAUAUGUGGAGAAUAUUGGGAUACCACCUCAAAACCAACUCAAGCCUGUAACCUGAAGCUAUGUAGUUGGUUUUGGUCUGCUUUGGCCUCUUUCUUUUACUGUCAUCUUACUCACCAGCACUUAAUGUAAGUAGAUGUUUUAGAAUUGAGAUAUUUAUUGGUUUUAUAUUUGUCGUCAGAAAUGUUAAUGAUGUGUUUUAUAUUGAUAAUAUAAAUUUAUGUGCAGUGUGUGCAUGUAUGUAUUUCAGGGUGUUAGAAGAUUGCACUUUGUAUAUGAUGGUUUCUGUGUCGUCAUAAUAAAUAUGUCCCUUUUAUAGGA